GACAGUCGCUGCUGACCGUUUCGACUGCAGUCCGGUCUUGUCUUCCUCGUCGCUUUUCUUUUCUCGUAGUUUUUUCCUCAGCGACUCAGCCAGUCCUGCUUCAGAAGCCUUUUUUCCUGAGGUGCUGAUUUUGAGGAAGUUUAAUCCUGUUCUGAGAUUCCCCCAGAAACAAAAAAGACUGUCUUUGAAUAAGGUCAGCAAAGAUGUCCAAUGACCCUCCCCCUCCCUAUCCUGGGGACCCCUCAGCUCCCCUUUUGGAGGAGAAGACUGGAGGCCCACCUGGCACAGGCAGAGCAUCACCAGCGAUGGUUCAACCCCCUGGCAUACCCCUGCCUCCACCAGACAUCGGGCCUCCUCCAUAUGAGCCACCACUUCACCCUCAACCAAACUUUGUUCCUCCCCACUUGAAUGCAGAUGGUACUUACAUGCCCCCAGGCUUCUAUCCACCUCCUGGCCCCCACCCUCCUAUGGGCUACUACCCCACAGGUCCUUAUCCAGGCCCUGGGGGCCACACAGCCACCGUCCUCGUCCCCUCAGGGGCUGCUACCACAGUGACUGUGUUGCAGGGAGAAAUCUUUGAGGGUGCACCUGUGCAGACUGUGUGUCCUCACUGCCAGCAGUCUAUCACCACCAAGAUUUCUUAUGAGAUUGGCCUGAUGAACUUUGUACUAGGCUUCUUCUGCUGCUUCAUGGGGUGUGACCUGGGCUGCUGCUUGAUCCCCUGCCUGAUUGAUGACUUCAAAGAUGUGACACACACCUGUCCCAACUGCAAAGCCUACAUCUACACGUACAAGCGCCUGUGCUAACGGAGACCACCCGGGAGCUGGGACCCGGGAUUACCAUCUCUCCUUUUUGCUUGUCAAUCCUUACCCUGUGCUUUGUUUUCCUGCUCGGCAGUAGCUUCUCCCUUUUUCCUCCAUAGGUUGGAAGCAGGGAACUCCUGUCCUCUCUGGUCUGUCCAGCCCAGGGAUCUCUGUAUCUAUCCUGGUUUAGGGUUUGGCAGAUCAGAAGUUUAGUGUCAGUGGGGUGGGGGGAAGUGACAAGCAUGUUAUUUUGGAUAUUGAUAUUUUGCUUAUUAGUAUAUGUAAUCAGGAUUUCGAGAGUGAACUAACUGUCCAGUAGCAGAGGUACUCUCCCCAUUGAAAGUUUCCAGAUCCUUUCAUUGUGUUAUUAGAGGUAUUGAUUCUUUAAUAUUUGCAUCCUUGGGAAUCAGAAAACCUCGAUCCUGGAAUAGUAGUUUGUUUCGUGGGGCCUCUGGGAUAACAGUUCCUCUUCCUACUCCCAUAUCCCUAUGCCUUCUACAGUAACAAUUACCUUCUAUUACCAGUUUGCCCUGACACUAUUGCAUGUCUGUUUUGAUGCUUUCCAUUACUACGGAAUAGCCCAAGGCGGGAUGCUACUGCCACUAGUCAGACAUGGGAUGUUGACCUUGGUGGUGUUGAGGCAUGGAAGGGAGCCCUUGUUUAUUGAGAAACCAAGGGGCAAGGUGGUCAUGGAGAACACACUGCAAGAAAAGGUACCCACCUUUUCAGUAGGCCAUCCUGUUUCUAAUUAUACUAGAGAGCUUUUAAGUUCCCAAUAGUCAAAUAACUGGGGUCACACAAACUUGUAGGAACUAGAUGCAUCACAAAGGACAGGAUUUCUGUUAAUAGGAAGAGAGAUGAAAGCACUGGCACUAGGAACUCUCAGGUAUCAUAAGCUUAGGCCAUGUCAAAGCUCCCAUCAGACUAAUUAGGAAAGAGUUGGUGAGGAAUGAAGAUCAAUGCUCAAGUAUGACACUGCCUUGGGACAAGACUAGAUGUCAAUUUAGAAAAAAUAGCAAGCAAAAUUGCACCCCAAACUUUUAGCAGAUGCCACUGGCACAUCGCCUUGGCUCCCUUUCCAGAAGUCCCAACAUUGUACCUGUGGAGCCCUGUUGAGCCUUGCUUCUAGGGAGAUGAGGGUGCAGUGGCAAUGGAGGACUUGGCUUGUUCCUUUUGGACUUUUCCCGGACUCUUCCUGGAAUUUGGCAUUUUUCACACCUGUCAUGAAAGGGGGACUGGGAAGAGGCCAGAAAGACUACUACUGUUCUAAACACUAUACUACCCCUACUUCCCAGACUUGGAAGUUUAUUGACUGGCCACUAGAUGGCACAUGCACAACAGGCUUUGUGUGAAUUGUUAUUUGCAGAGAUUAAUUUCCUUUAGGAACACUGUUUUUGCACUAAACCUUUUAAUGUCUGUUGUGUUUAGAGGCUUCAGUUGGAGAAAUCAUGUUAUUUAAUUUGGUUUAGGUAGGGAAUGAAGAGGCAAUAAUGGGUAAUGAGGCAGAGCCAACAUCUGAUUAAGCCCUGAUGUUGAAUGUAAGACUUGGGACUUGUGUCAUAAGCAUCACUACUGCUACUGUACCCCGUACCUGGUUUCUGCAAUUCAAAUGCAUGUCAUCCUAUUCAAUGUGAACCUGUUUGUUCUCAAGUCUUAGUUUAUCACAACAUUAAAUUGGCCCAUCUGCCCAACUUUCCCUGUCCCCUGGGCUUCCUUUGCCCUAUGUUGUUUGGAUUUUUAUUUUGCAUGUGAGCAGCAUUGGGGCCUGGAAUAUCCAAAACCUGUUUGGUCUCACUAAAGACUGAAGUCUUCAACCAUCAGCCACAGAAGAUUUUGGCUUCUAGAGAACAGUCCCUUGACCUAAGGGGACAGUUGAUUUUAGAAACAGUUCCAAAUUUUGCCUCUGACUAAUAGUGGUUAUGUGACUUUGGGCAAAUAAACACCCCUUAACCUCU